CUCAGAGAGGCGAGGCCGGGCGCGGCGGUGAGGGCGUCCCGACGGGCGCGGGACGGGACGGGGCAGCGCGGGCGCCGAGGAGCAGCGGCCCGGAGUCGGGGCGCCGUGCCCCCGGGCCCCCAGCAUGAAGACCCCGGCGGACACAGGGUUUGCCUUCCCAGAUUGGGCCUACAAGCCGGAGUCGUCCCCUGGCUCGAGGCAGAUCCAGCUAUGGCACUUCAUCCUGGAGCUGCUGCGGAAGGAGGAGUACCAGGGCGUCAUCGCCUGGCAGGGGGACUACGGGGAAUUCGUCAUCAAGGACCCUGAUGAGGUGGCCCGUCUCUGGGGGGUCCGCAAGUGCAAGCCGCAGAUGAACUACGACAAGCUGAGCCGGGCCCUGCGCUACUACUACAACAAGCGCAUUCUGCACAAGACCAAGGGGAAGAGGUUCACCUACAAGUUCAACUUCAACAAGCUGGUGCUGGUUAACUACCCUUUCAUCGACGUGGGGCUGGCUGGGGGCGCGGUGCCCCAGAGCGCCCCGCCGGUGCCGUCGGGUGGCAGCCACUUCCGGUUCCCGCCCUCCACGCCGUCCGAGGUGCUGUCGCCCACCGAGGACCCCCGCUCCCCGCCGGCCUGCUCCUCCUCAUCCUCUUCUCUGUUCUCGGCCGUGGUGGCCCGCCGCCUGGGCCGGGGCUCGGUCAGCGACUGCAGCGACGGCACGUCGGAGCUGGAGGAGCCCCUGGGCGACGACCCGCGCGCGCGGCCGCCCGGGCCCCCGGAGCUGGGCGCCUUCCGCGGGCCGCCCCUGGCGCGCCUCCCGCACGACCCCGGCGUGUUCCGCGUGUACCCGCGGCCCCGGGGCGGCCCCGAGCCCCUGAGCCCGUUCCCCGUGUCGCCGCUGGCCGGGCCGGGCUCGCUGCUGCCGCCGCAGCUGUCCCCCGCCCUGCCCGUGACGCCCACGCACCUGGCCUACACGCCGUCGCCCACCCUGAGCCCCAUGUUCCCCGGCGGCGGCGGCGGGCCCGCGGCGGGCGGCUCCCACUUCUCCUUCAGCCCCGAGGACAUGAAGCGCUACCUGCAGGCCCACACCCAGAGCGUGUACAACUACCACCUCAGCCCGCGCGCCUUCCUGCACUACCCGGGGCUGGUGGUGCCGCAGCCCCAGCGCCCCGACAAGUGCCCGCUGCCGCCCCCGGCGCCCGAGACGCCGCCCGUCCCCUCCUCGGCCUCGUCCUCCUCCUCCUCCUCUUCGUCCCCGUUCAAGUUUAAGCUGCAGCCGCCCCCGCUGGGCCGGCGGCAGCGCGCGGCCGAGAAGGCCCCGGGGGGCGCCGACAAGAGCCCGGGCGCGCUGGAGGGGGCGGGCGCGCUGGCCCCGCCGCCGCCGCCCCAGAUCAAGGUGGAGCCCAUCUCGGAGGGCGAGUCGGAGGAGGUGGAGGUGACUGACAUCAGCGACGAGGACGAGGAGGACGGGGAGGUGUUCAAGGCCCCCCGCGCCCCGCCCGCGCCCCCCAAGCCCGAGCCCGGAGAGGCGGCCGGGCCUGCGCAGUGCAUGCCCCUCAAGCUGCGCUUCAAGCGGCGCUGGAGCGAGGACUGCCGCCUGGAGGGGGGCGGGGGCCUCCCCGGCGCGCCCGAGGAGGAGGGCGAGGACAAGAAGGUGCGUGGCGACGCGGGCCCCGGGGAGGCCGCGGGCCCCCUCACCCCGCGCCGGGUGAGCUCCGACCUCCAGCACGCCACGGCCCAGCUCUCCCUGGAGCACCGCGAUUCCUGAGAGCCGUGGGCGAGGGCUCGCGUGCCCCCAACCCCUGAGCUUUCGCUGCCUUAACCCCCUCCCCCCAAAGCCCUGGAGGUGAGGGCAGCUGUGUCUCCUCCUUUCUCCUCCCACAUUUUGUAUAAAACUUUUAAUUUUUCUUUUUUUCUUUUUUUUUUUUUUUUUAAUGGUAGCGUGGGUGGGUGCCCAGCGCUGGGGGCUAAUCCCCUCAUCCCUGGGUUUCUAAGU